AUAAUACUACGUCCAAAAAUGCACAUCAACAAGUAGCGAGAGAUCAAAGUUUGUGCGCUGAUGUGCAGCGUAAAAUCAAGCAGAAAAAUAAAUGAAUUUGAGUGGAUUUGGCAACACAAGCAGCAGGAAUUGUUCUGUUGUAAGUUGGAGGUUAAUAAAUAUUUUGUUUUGUAGAGAACGAUAAGGUCAGAAAUACUGUAAAACUUGUGUGUGUGCUGAUGUAUUCUGAUAGAAACUAUAUUACGCCCCUGCCCCACCUGUUUACAACCUCUCCCCUGUGUUUCCCCUUGCUGUUUCACACAUUGAUGAGAGCAGAGUUUUGAUCGCCAAGCGAACACCGAGUUCCUCCCGAACAGAUUUUCAAAAUGGGUGAGCCACAGCAGGUCAGCGCCCUGCCGCUGCCACCGAUGCAGUACAUCAAGGAAUACACGGAUGAAAACAUACGGAAAGGACUGGCCCCUAAACCACCCCCUCCCAUCCGGGACAAUUACAUGAUGUUUGGCAAUCCGUUCCAGUGUGACGACCUGAUCAUUCGCCCCCUGGAAAGCCAGGGCAUCGAGCGUCUGCACCCCGUGCAGUUCGACCACAAGCGGGAGCUGAAGAAGCUCAACAUGUCCAUUCUGGUCAACUUUCUGGACCUGCUGGACAUCCUCAUUAAGAGCCCAGGUAGCAUUAAGCGGGAGGAGAAACUGGAGGACAUGAAACUUUUGUUUGUACACAUGCACCACCUGAUUAACGAGUACCGACCGCAUCAGGCACGCGAGACGUUGCGUGUGAUGAUGGAGGUGCAGAAGAGGCAGAGAAUGGAGACGGCCGAGCGCUUUCAGAAGCACCUGGAGCGGGUUGUGGAGAUGAUCCAGAGCUGCCUCGCCUCACUGCCUGAUGAUUUGCCCCAGUCUGACUCGUCUAGCAUUGGAGGAGCAGGAAUCUCAGGUUUAGCAGGGGACAUCAGGCUCAAAACUGAGCCCAUAGAUGUGGAGGAGGUCGGUGUUAGCUGUGUAGCAGGACAAACGGACAAAAAUGUACAGUCCACUAGGAUGGAGAAAGUGUGGGACAAAGAUGCUGCAAUGUGUAGUAUAAUUGAUGAGAUGACUUGAAGAGCAUCUUUGGAUAGUUUGACUAUGGUGAAUGGGGCAGUUGGGUUAUUGAAUACAAAAAUUGACAAAUAAAAUAUAAAAAAAUAUUCAUCUUAUCAUUUAUCAAGCUCUGUUAUCGAUCAGUGCCCUAUUUAGAGUGUAUUAACUGCAUUGAAUCGAUUGUCUAUGGAAUAUGCUUUGGAAUACUGCAUCCUUGACCAGGGUAAAGUGCUUACUUUAAUAUUCUGUAAUAAAUAAAUAAUUCAAUAAAUCCAUCAAUAAUCCACAAUAAUUUUAUUGAAUUAUUUACUUAGAGAUAAAGCACUGAAGGUGGUGUUGGUACCACACAGUCCCAGGGUUCUAGGUUUGAUCCCUGCUUUUUGUACCAUGAGUUUUAUCUGGUAUUCUAAAAUAUGUUAAAUUAGAGGUGCAGUGGUUUUAAGUUUUCGUGGUAUUAUAACCUUGUUACCCAAUUAUUUGGUUGGUGCAGAAGUCUAUUACGCUAGCCCAGCGCUAUUGGCCAGUCGAGCUUCUAAGCAGAAAGGCUGUGUCUGAGGUCGGGGUGGCUGAAGCCCUGCGAUUGAUUAGAGCUCUGGCCAGGGGAUUCAGUCAUUCUUGCCCCGACCCUAACCAGGAUAAAGUGAUUGUGCAAUUUUUAAAAAUGUCAUUUUAUUUUACUUCAUUUCAUCAUUCUUAAGUGUGACCUUUUAAAAUCAUAUAAGCAGAGGUGGAAAGAGUACUAAAAUAUUGUACUGAAUUAAAAGUACUAUUACAUUGUAUUA